GUUUUGUCCGCUCCAUGUUGAUGACGUACGGUCAACCGUUGCAAGUUGACAGCUGAACAACAAAUGCUCCUAAAAUGAGCUCUUUAGCAACAUAACAAACAUUUGUAGCGCUUGAAGCUUGGUUGUUGUUUCAUAUCAGCAUGAACUGAAACUGCCGUCGACCCCUCCUCAGCCGUACGGUCACUCCUCUGCGGACUAACAGGCGGUUUUACACACAUCAUGUCGUUUCUGGUGGACUCGGUCAUCAUGUUCACCUCACAGGUGCUGUUCUUUGGAUUUGGCUGGUUAUUCUUUAUGCGGCAGCUGUUUAAAGAUUAUGAGGUGCGACAGUACAUUGUCCAGGUGGUUUUCUCUGUCACUUUUGCUUUUUCAUGUACCAUGUUUGAGCUCAUCAUCUUUGAGAUUCUGGGUGCCUUAAGUAGUAGCUCCAGGUAUUUCCACUGGAAGCUGAAUCUGUAUGUGAUACUGCUGGUUCUAAUCUUUGUGGUGCCUUUCUACAUUGGAUACUUUGUUGUCAGUAACAUACGCCUGUUGCAGAGACAGAGGCUUCUGUUCGCUUGUAUGGUGUGGUUUACCUUUAUGUACUUCUUCUGGAAGUUGGGGGACCCAUUCCCCAUCCUGAGUCCAAAACAUGGCAUCCUGUCCAUUGAGCAGCUAAUCAGUCGUGUUGGUGUGAUCGGAGUCACACUCAUGGCUUUGUUGUCUGGGUUUGGUGCGGUCAACUGUCCGUACACAUACAUGUCCUAUUUCCUCAGAAAUGUAACUGACAGUGACAUCCUUGCUCUGGAGAGACGGCUGCUCCAGACUAUGGACAUGAUUGUCAGCAAGAAGAAACGAAUUGCCAUGACACGGAGGCAGAUGUACCAGCGUGGGGAAGACCAGAACAAACAGACAGGAUUCUGGGGCAUGAUCAAGAGUGUCACCUCCACACAAACAGGCAGCGAAAAUCUCUCUCUGAUCCAGCAGGAGGUCGAUGCUCUAGAGGAGCUGAGUCGACAACUGUUUCUUGAGACUGUGGACCUGCAAUCUACCAAGGAGCGAAUUGAGUACUCUAAGACAUUCCAGGGGAAAUACUUCAAUUUCCUCGGCUACUUCUUUUCCAUCUAUUGUGUUUGGAAAAUCUUCAUGGCCACUAUAAACAUUGUGUUCGAUCGAGUUGGAAAGACGGAUCCUGUGACGAGGGGUAUUGAAAUUACAGUGAACUACUUGGGGAUCCAGUUUGAUGUAAAGUUUUGGUCCCAACACAUUUCUUUCAUCUUGGUGGGUAUAAUAAUCGUUACAUCCAUUCGUGGCUUACUCAUCACCCUCACUAAGUUCUUCUAUGCAAUAUCAAGCAGCAAGUCCUCCAAUGUCAUCGUGCUUGUCCUCGCUCAGAUCAUGGGGAUGUAUUUUGUUUCAUCCGUCUUGCUGAUGCGUAUGAGCAUGCCGCUGGAGUAUCGCUCCAUUGUGACAGAAGUUCUGGGAGAGCUGCAGUUCAACUUCUACCACCGCUGGUUUGACGUAAUCUUCCUGGUCAGCGCCCUUUCCAGCAUCCUUUUCCUGUAUCUUGCCCACAAGCAGGCACCAGAGAAACACAUGGCCCUCUGAUUCCCCACAUCUCUUCCCACCUGGAUGUGACUCCCGACCCCUGGGGUGACUUUGAUUCUGGAAUAUAGGGAUAUCAAGGAAUUUUUUAAAAUAUAAAUUACAUAAUUAUCUGGACUGCCGGGUUCCUGAAUCAGGAAUGGCUGGUUGUUGGAUGCAAGUGAUGGGGAACUUUUGGAACACAUGAGGAGACAACUUUGAAAGUGGACUCUAAUUAUUAUCAAACCAUUUACAGAACAAACAUUACUAUUAGGAAUUUAAUUUUACAUGCAACCGCAAAAACUUUGUAUUCUGUGCUCUUAAUUUUGGCCAAAUUGUUCUGUACUUUCUUUUGUCUGAACACACUGGAGCUGUACUGUUCACAGCACAUCUGCUUCACUUUCACUGAGGUGGACUACGGACUGUAUGAAGGAAAGAUCACAGUUUCAAUCAUGAUCUCCGUCCUGAAGCGGCUGUUACUUUUGACAAAAUAUGUAUUUUAAUUGGGAACAAAAACAAACACCCAUAAAGUAAGCUUAAUUCAGA